UCAAACAUUUGCACAAGACACCAAAGGAAGAUAUAUCAUUCUCAAUGAUUUGUUGCAUUCUUGAGAUAACAAACUAAGUCUCACAUUGGAGAAUUAGACAAGGAGUAUAUAAUAUAUAAAACAGAUGUCUAACUUUAAUAGUACGAGGCCUUUUGGAAAAGAAACCAAAAGUAAAUCCAUGCGGGUUGCUAAUUAGGCCCAAAGUGGACAAUAUCGUACUAAUCGGAGAAUAUAGAGUUGGAUACAGAAUUUCACAAUCUCAACAAUUGGUAUUAGAAUGGCUGACGAGAAAUAUGCAAGAAGACCAAAAUAUCCUUCGAGUAGGAAUGGGACCCAUCGAGUUAGGAUUGAGAAGUGUGUGUGGCAGAGUUCAAGUAAAAAAAUCCUGGAAGUCAAUUGUGGGACACAAGAUGAAUGUGAUCCUUUGUUUGAGGGGGAGAAUGUGAGAUAACAAACUAAGUCUCACAUUGGAAAAUUAGACAAGGAGUGUCUAAUAUAUAAAAUAGAUGUCCAACUCUAAUAGUACGAGACCUUUUGGAAAGGAAACCAAAAGUAAAUUCAUACGGACUUGCCAAUUAGACCCAAAAUAAACAAUAUCGUACUAAUCAGAGAAUAUAAAGUUGGAUACGGGAUUUCACAAUCCCAACACUCUUCGCAUGCCUCAUUUGUGGAUUACCUUUUCAGAUCUCCUAUAAGACGAUUUACAACUGUUUCCUAUAUGGCAACAGCUCAACCAGUACUGAAGAAUAAUCAACAUGUAUAUAUAUAUAUAUAUAUAUAUAUUCAUCUUGUGACCAAGUCUUAAUCUAUAAAUUUCAACAUCUUCGUGUUGCCUAAAUAGGUCUCACCAUCUAGCUCUGUAUUUUCAAACGACACAUAAAAAGGCAAAAUAGUGGAUUAGUUAGGAAGUAUUUAAUUAAUCUAACUUGGAUAAAAGUCAUAAUGUGUUGAUGAGCCAACGUCUAAGAAAAUAAUUAAGUCUUAAUCAUUAAUACCAAACUUAAUUUUUCAAGACAGAAAACGUAAUAGCAUUCUCUUAAAAAAAUUUACAUGAAAAGGUAAAAACAUAAAAUUGUAGUAGGUAAACUUAUAAAUCAUAAACUUCAAAAAUAUGAAUUAUUAGGUUAAGUACGACAUUUGAAAAUAAGUUAAAUCUUAAGAUAGAUUUGUAUCUCAAACUUGUUAUCUACUAAUAAUAACAAUCCUAAUUAAUUUUAAAGGUUGUAUGAUUUUAUAAGAAUCUCAAUUUUUUGUUAAAAGUUGUGUUUGUUCAUUAAUGUGUCUUUUGAUUAAAUGUUGUAUCUCUUCUAUAUGAAACUAUUGUAAAAAUUUGUAAAUAAAUGUUAUAUUGUGUUUUUUCAUCAUAAAAAUGUAUAUUAAUUGAUUUUCUGUUUUAAAAGUUAUAUAUUACCAUUAUAAAUGUGCUAUUUUAAAUAACUAACUAAAAUAUGAAAAAUUGUGAUUAUUCAUAUGAUUUUUUAUGAAAAGACACAUAUCUAUAUAUUUUCACAAUUUAUAAGAACUAAUGCAAUGUUUAAGAUGAAAAGUUGUGUCAUUUCACAUUUAUUUGAAUGUCUUGAUUCUUUUUAUUUUAAAUGUAUUAGUUUUGAAAGUUAUAAUCAUCUUAAAAAGUAAAAACUAAGAAACACAACUUUUCAUAUAAUUUUUUAAGAGAUACAAUUUUUAUAUUAAUACAGUGAUUUUUAGAUAUAAAACAAUUGUAAAUAUUUAUGUAAAAAAAAUAAUAAGUAGAUAUGAGAAAAAGAAAAGUGAAAGACACAACUUUUUAUCUCAAAAACUUAGCAACCUAAUUAAUGUUGAAAUGAGUUUUGUAAAGUUGUCAAAUUAUGAAAUGAUGUGUUUAUCUAUAAUUUUGUGUCUUUUCAUUAUAAUGUCAAAAGUAAAAUGUUUUCAUUUUUUUAAUUUUUUAAAAAUGUAUUUAAAAGUUGUGUCUUUCCAUAAGCAAUACAUGCAAUCUUUCAUCUCAAAAAUUAAUAAGUCCAACUUUUCAUAUAAGAAACUUAAGAGAUCCAAUUUUUAUAUUAUUAACUGAUUUAGAUAUAAAAUAAUUGUAAAUAUCAAAACUAUACUAAAAGGCAAAUACUAAGCCUCCUUAGAUGGUCCACGUCGGACUGGAAAAUUAGCCACUCAUGGAGCAGCAUUUGUCCACGUCAGGUUACUUUCAUAUUGGUUUGGGCUUUCCACGUUUUGGCCCGUUUGUUCUGUGCGAAUAUUGGUUGGACCCAUUUGCUCUUUACUUUCACGUGAUUGUUUAGAGACGACCAGACGUUGACGUAACCCUAAAUUUGCUCUUCUCUCCUCUUUCGACUUCCCCAUCUUCCAUUGUUCUUCUCAGCAAAUCGGUUUCGACGAUUAACUUCAUCACUUAUAUCCUCACAAUAACUACUGUAAUCAAGUCUUCGCGUGAACUGAUCCGAUGAAUUCCUUUCGCUUACCUCUCCAUUUUUUAUUUAUAACCCUCUUCUCCUCUUACCAAAUUCUUCCAUCACAACUAAGAAUAUUCUCUCAAAUCUCACUCCGAUGGAACUCAGCGGCAAAUCCCCAGCUUCCAGCGACCACAACACCAGCAAGAAGACUGUCGCCUCUUCUGCGACUGCGAAAUCAACCGGAAAGUCCACUGCUUCGUCUGCGAUCAUGGUGAAACGUAACGGCAAGGCUGUUGCUUCAUCUGCCAAUCCGAUGGAACCAAACGCUGCUACCGAUCUCUCCUCUCUGCCUAGCGAGCAAGUGAUGUUCUUCAGAGAGGUUUCUCUCGGCCCACGCGAAGCCGAGUUGAUGUUCCGUAUGAUUCAUUUCUGGGAUGCUCGCAACCCAAACACGAAGACCCUCAUUGGACGAGAGAUGCUCCUAAUCGACGAAGAGGGAACUGUUAUUCAAGGUUUUAUUCCAGCCAGUCGAGUUGAGAGAUAUGAGCUGAUAGCAGGUUCUGUCUAUAAGCUGAUCAAUUUUUUCGGAUCCAGAAGCAAAGAUCAGUUUCGCGUUGCUGAUCAUAGUGCCACCGUCUCAUUCAGCUGGAAUUCCUCUUUGUCUGUUCUUGAGAAUCCUCCGGUUCAAAUACCAGAAGAUAGGUUCAGGUUCCAUACCUAUGAGGAGUUUAAGGCCAAUUGUGACUCCAGAGCUGAUCUCUAUGAUUAUGUUGGUCAUAUGAAGCUGGUGAAUGGGCAGACUUUGACUGACCAUAUUGUUCUCGACGAAGCUGACAUAGCAGAGAAGCGGCAUCUGUGUGUUCAUAUACAGACACAUGAUGGACCAGUGAUGAAGAUGUAUCUAUGGGACAAGGCUGCUUCCGACUUUUGCCAGAAAUUCAAAUCGUACGGAGGCAUUCCAAGCGUUCUUUUGGUCACUACAGUGAAUCCUAAACAUAUUGGAGGGACCCUUGCUCUCACUUCGAUGUCAUCUUCCCGAGUGUUUAUGGAUGCCGAUGUUCAGCCAAGCAAGGAUUAUCUCGAAUGGUAUGUAUUUAUGUAUUCAAAUACUUUUUUCUACAACUUUUGUAUAUAUUUUAACACUGUAUUAUUCCUAAAAUAUCUGGGCUUUUGUCUUUGGUUCAGGUUGGUCUCAAACUCAGAAAUUGCUAAUAGAGUUUCAGCUGAGGUUGUCACUAAGCCUGAGGCAGUGACUCUUGGGGAACUAUUCUCUUACAUCAAGAAUGAAACUUCUAAGGUUGCUUGGUUCGAAUGCACUGCAACUAUAGAUGAUGUUAUUCAGGGUUCUGCUUGGUACUACAUUUCCUGUGGUGGCUGCAAUAGUAAGGCAGUGAAAGGGCCUACUUCCCUGGUUUGCAACAAUAAGAAGUGUGAUAAAAGAGAAGUCACAGGCGUACCUCAGUACCUGACAAAGAUUUCUGUUUAUGAUAAGAGUGAGCAAGCAGUUUUUGUCAUCCUUGGUGAUGCUGGAAAGGAGUUGACUGGCAAGCAUGCAGCAGAAUUAGUUGCAAAUUACUUUGAGUCUAAUGCUGGAGUUGGGGUUGAUCAUUGCGUUCCUGUUCCGGAUGCUUUGCUUGAGACAAUCGGGCAGACACGCAAGUUCAUCGUGAAGGUCUCGGAUCAUAACUUGACAGGCAAGACUCAGACCAUAACUGUCACAAAGAUUAUCCCAGCAGGUGCUCCUCUUCCAUCAGUGUCUGAUGGUAUCUCAAAGACUGGGGGUGAUGACUCUGGACCUUCCGGAGUGGUCGGAGGUGAUGCAGGUGAUAGGGCUAGAAAAGCAGCUGAGUAUCUUGAGUCGGAUGAGGCCAAGCGUUCGAAGAGUGGCUAAUAUAGCUUGAACUCUUCCUUCUAUGCAGUAAACGUGUUUGCUGCGGUUUAUGUGUGCUUUUAUUUUCCCUAAUAAUUUUGCGUUCUUGACAUUUGCAUUUUCAGAGUUUUAUCCUUUCAUGUUUAAGUUUUUGUUGAAUACAAUUUUCGUUAUAUGGUUUUACUUAUCCCUUUGAGCAAUUUACUUUACUUAUCCUGUUAUGAUCUUUUUAUUUGUUCAGUGUGAAGAUUAUCUUAGUUUACUUUAUACUAUGAUUAUACAAGUGCUGAAUUAUCUUCCGAUUAGUUACUUAAUGGUACCAGCUUUUCCUACGUUAAUAUGUAACUCCGAUUCUUUCUUCACGUAACCUUCUUGCAUGAGGUUAUACGAGCUUUGGACCAUUUUUUUAACAAUUGAUUUCCACUACUGGACGAUAAAUCUACGUAUGCAUUCACAUAUAUAUACAUAUAUUUUUUAAUGUGCGUUUACAACAAUUACGUUUUUGGUUUGCAGCAAGAAUGUUAGAACAUUCUAAUUCUUCAUAUAUAUAGUUUCUAUGAAAAAAAUGUUUCACCUAACAACCAAAAAUACAUGAUAUCAUGCAGACAUAUAAUAAAUAAAUAUAUUUUAAAUGUUAACACUAUCAAAAUUCAGUCAAAUAAUUCCCAGUACUUUUAACAAAUUCAAAUCAAUAAAACAUUUUUUCUCCAAGGUCCCGACCCGGCAACUUUCUCAGCUAUAACUUGGCACAGGAAAAAUGGGUCGGGUCAUUUUUAAAACUGAUAAAAUAUUAACUUCACUAUUAUAAAAACGAAUCUCUUAUUGCGACAAUGGAUGACAUUAAAAAUAUGAUUGUGGGACACUUCGAACCCAGGUCCAAGAUAAUAUACGAGGGCUGCUCUACCACUAGAUUAAAGACACACUUUGGAAGCUUUAUGGCAAACAUAUUACAUAUAAUCUACAUAACGUCAAUUCAGAAAGUUUGGAUUCAAUUUUAUGUUAAUCGCGGAUAACAUAUUUAGUAUUGUAUAUUAAUUAUUUUCUAUUUAUAUGAAAAUUUUCACAUUUAUAAUUUUAUUUAACUAAUAUUUGAAAUUUAAAAUAUUUUUUCUGUGUUACCAGUUUGAAGUGAAUAUUUUUAUUAUUUCAAAUAUAAGCCAUUGGUAUUUUCGGAUAGUUUUAGUUUACAAUUUUCAUCAUUAUAUGAUGAAAAUAAUAUUAUUGUCAAAUAUGUUUCUAUUAUAACUAACAAAAAGAGUAACACAAUUAAGUAAUAAAAUACUUUUUAACAUAAUUGAAUACUAUAAAUUAUAUAAAUUAAAUUAAGAAUGAAUUUUGCUAAGUCUUGCUUUAUGUGUAUAUUUUUUUUGGCACAAACUUUUAGAAAAUUCUAUUAUGAACGUAUAUUACUAAGUCUUGCUAUGUGUGCAUAUACUUUGUUUCACUUUGCAUUGUUUUUUUUCCUUAUUCUUUAAUUGAACAGAAUUGGAAUUUCCAAUUUUUCUAUCAUCAUUCUAUCUUUUGAAAAUUCUAUGGUCAACAUGUUACAUAUUAGUCGACAUGCGGAAGCUACUGCUAAUACCAAAAAAAAACUUAUUUCCAAAUCCACUUAUGAUACUUGAUUACAAAUUUUAUACGUUACCUUUAUGAAUUACCAUAUCUACAAAAAUCCUACAUCAUAAAAGGAAACAAAUCUUAUACGUUACCUUUAUGAAUUACCAUAUCUACGAAGAUCCUACAUCAUAAAAGGAAAGUAAAAUAAUUCUGAAAAUCAGCCCUAUCAAUCUACGAGUAUAUGCUUUCAAAGGGGUAAAGAAAAAAAUCAACUCUCACCAAAACUCAUCCUUAUCUUACAUAAGCUGAAGAAACAUUAUAUGCCAUCUUUGCAAUACUAGACGCCCAAACUGUGUAAGUCUAACGCGUUCGUAUGAUCGUAUCUCGACAUUUAUAAAAGCUAAUGUGUUUACCAAAGUGAUAAUAGAUUGUGUCUAACCUUCAGCGUACUGCCGGAAUGGAUGCACCGCCCUCUGAUCAACCACAAGAAAACACAGGUAAAUACGUAAUCUCUUGCUUCUAUCCCCUGAACAAGUAGAACAUAUUUUGAUGCGUCUAAAUUUAAAAAAAAAUUAAGAUGGGUUUCCGAUUCUUUUUGGCUAAGUUAUUUCAAUAUGCAAUCAUAUAGUCUACUCUGCACCACGUCAACUGUAAUGAGAGAGAACCAACCGAGAGAAUCAAAAUAGACUCAUUAUCUAUUGUGUAUGAAGCUACGAACCGUAGGCAUGAAGUUGGUCAACCACAAAAAAUAAAUAAUGUUUUUAAAUAUUUGUGACCCAUCAUACUAUUAGAAACAAAAAAAAACUGUUUUAUUUUAUAAGACUAACAAAAUUUUGGAAUAAAAAAAUAAGAUACAAAAUUCCGGUAUGCAUUAUUGAAUAUAUAUCAAAAUUUCAUAUACCUAUACUACUAUAUUUGGAAUGAUCUGCUUAUUAGUAAUAAUUUUAAUUGAUAAGAAUGAUAAAUAUUAGUAAUCCAUAAUACAAUGAAUAGGUAAUCAAAUUAUCUAUUUUCAAACAAGUUACCUAUAUAUAUAUAUAUACAUAUAUUAAUUAGGUAUUUUUAAAAAAAAAUUCAAAACCAAUCUUAUUUAUUUAUAUAUACACUUGAAACAUAUGUAAGAAUUUAUACAGCGAUUGUGUAUAAUCAAAUAAUAAUAACCAUUGAAAUUGCUAUAUCAGUUUUACCAAAAGUAUCUUACGUAUAACAGUAUAAACGAAGCCCAUUAAGAAGAGUAGACGGAGAAUAAACAUUGUUGCCGGUCAAAACGUUGUCUUUCAAAAUAGAUACCUUCGUUUUUCCGCAACGGUUAAGUUAUUAUUUACGAUUUUAAAUAGUUAAAUCAAACAUCAAAUUAUUUAUACAUAUCAAAAAACGUUCAUCAAACUAUGUACUUAUUUUUGUGUUGAAAGUUUUAAAACACUCAUAUAUUAGCAAUAGUUUAGAAAAUAUCUUUAUAUAAAUAUUUUUGUAUGACUAAUAUUUAAUUAUAAACUAUUUUAUAUCUUAGUUUUUUAACCUUAUAAUAAAAAAAUAUUGUUUACAGGUAGGAACACAAUAUAUAUAAUAAUUCUCUUACUUUUUAAAUAUAUUUUCACAAUUUUAUUAUAUUAGUUUGUAAUUAGUUAUUUAAUAUAACAUAUAUAAAUUUAAUAUUAUUAAAAUAAAAUACGUUUUCUAUUAUAUAUAAAAUUCAUUAAGUUUUUUUUGGAAUUAAUAAAUACCCAGCUACAAACUAAUAAUAAGUCAAUGACCUAUAUAAAAUCUUAAAACCUAAUAAAAUAUGACAAAUAAGAAAAUACGAAUUUUAAUACAACAUAUAGAUUUUAAUAUUAUUAAAUAAAAAUUCGUUUUUAGUUAUAUAUAAAAUUAAUUACGGAUAUUUUUUAGAUUAAUAAAUUAGUGAUUCAGCAUAAAAUUAUUAAUAAAUCAAUGACGUAAAAAACCUAAUAAAAA